GCGAUGCGCGCCCAUCGGGUAUAAAAAAGGGCCCCCGGUCGGUUUUCGUUUUUUCUUCCAAACGUUUGUCCAUCUGCAUCUAGUUGCUUCCCUCCAAGGAAGACAACAAAGUACAUUCGUGACUUGUGGUUCUUUAGACAAUCGGGUCUAUCGGCUACGCAGGAAUAGCUUAACAGGCCUGGUCGGCCCGGCUGUAUCUCUAUUGAGUCCUACCUUUGCAUCCCCUUCAUGUACUCUCAUCACGACGAGAAGGUUUCCAACAACUAUAUUUCCGAACAAGUUUACAAAAGCCACGGACGUUGAAAUCGUUUUCUGUCCAUUACGUAUCAACAUCUACAGAUAAUUCGCAAGAUUUCCCGAUAUGCCGCUCUUUCGUCAAUCAGUAGCUUUAGCUACACGCCACUUUCAGGCUUCCCUUAUUAUCAACCGCUCUUUACUUCGGGCUUACCAAGCUAGUGCUUCCGCCGCUGCAGCGUCGAAAGCAAACAUCUCUCCAAACAUAUCCAGUGUACCUGCUGUCCCGCUCGAUGGUCCGGAAGCGUUCCGUCAGUAUGUCCUUGGCGCAUUCACAGGGCCACUGAAUCCCAAGCAGCGUCAACCAUUCCGUCGCAACCAGAGCUCUGAUGCCGCUGCCACUGCUGCGUUGGAUCCUUGGGAAGAUUGGAAGCCUUCACCAAACAGUGCUCUCAAGAAGCCCCCGCCAGCCAAGCGUGUUGUUAUCGUUGGUAGUGGUGGUCUCAGCAUUGGACAAGCUGGCGAGUUUGAUUACUCUGGAUCCCAAGCUAUCAAGGCGUUGAAGGAAGAGGGUGUCGAAACCAUUCUAAUUAAUCCUAAUAUUGCUACCAUCCAAACUGGCAAGGACCUUGCCGACGUCGUGUACUUUGUACCGUCCAACCCAGAAUACAUUGAAUACGUGAUUGAGAAAGAAAAGCCCGACGGUAUUCUUUUGGCGUUUGGUGGACAAACGGCGCUUAACUGCGGUGUCGCUCUUGAGCAUGCCGGUGUCUUGCGAAAGCACAAUGUCAAAGUUUUGGGUACUCCUGUUCGUACCCUCGAGCUCAGCGAGGACCGUGAUCUGUUUGCCCAAGCUUUGAAAGAUAUCGGCAUUCCUGUUGCUCAGUCCACUGCUGUUGAAACUGUGGAUGAUGCACUCAAGGCCGCUUCCGAGAUUGGAUACCCCGUCAUCGUCCGUGCGGCGUACGCUCUGGGAGGUCUUGGCUCUGGUUUCGCCAACAACGAAGAAGAACUCCGUCAACUCGCCACUUCUUCUCUUUCUCUCUCACCCCAGCUGCUUAUCGAACGUUCAAUGAAGGGAUGGAAAGAGUUGGAGUAUGAAGUGGUUCGUGAUGCGGAAAACAACUGUAUCACCGUUUGCAACAUGGAAAACUUCGACCCUCUUGGUACCCACACCGGCGAUUCCAUUGUUAUUGCCCCCAGUCAGACACUGAGCGACGAAGAAUACCACAUGCUGCGUUCGGCAGCCAUCAAGAUCAUUCGUCACCUCGGUGUGGUUGGAGAAUGUAACGUCCAGUACGCUCUCAGCCCUGACAGCCUGGAGUAUGCAGUCAUUGAAGUCAACGCUCGACUCUCUCGUAGUAGUGCACUUGCCUCGAAGGCUACCGGUUAUCCUCUCGCGUUCGUUGCAGCCAAGAUUGCUCUUGGUGCAUCUCUUCCUGACUUGCGGAACUCUGUGACUCGUACUACGACGGCCAACUUUGAACCCUCCUUGGACUAUGUUGUCACUAAGAUUCCUCGAUGGGAUUUGAGCAAAUUCCAACAUGUCUCUAGGAAGAUUGGCUCUUCCAUGAAGAGUGUCGGAGAAGUCAUGGGUAUUGGGCGAACGUGGGAAGAAUCUCUUCAAAAGGCUGUUCGUAUGGUUGACCCUUCAUUUGAGGGUUUCCAAGCCUUGGAUUUUCCCGAUCUUGACAAAGCUUUAGCUGAGCCGACUGACCGUCGUCUGUUCGCGGUCGGAAGCGCCAUGCUUAAUCACGGUUACUCGGUUGACAAGAUCCAUGACAUUACCAAGAUUGACAAGUGGUUCCUCUACAAGCUUGAAAACCUUGUGAAAACUCGUGCUGAACUCUCCAAGUAUAGCGGACCAAAGCCUGUGGAAGAAAUUUUGGAGAAGGAUGCCGAGAACCCCGAAGGCAAACCACCCGUUCCUGUGACUGACUACCAGCUCUCCACCUCUACCAUCCCGGCCGACUUGUUGCGUCAAGCCAAGCAAAAAGGUUUCUCUGACAACCAGAUUGCAAAGUACACCAAGUCGAGUGAGCUCGCCAUUCGUGCCUUGCGUAAGAACUAUGGCAUUAUCCCCCGCGUGAAGAGGAUUGAUACUUUGGCGGCGGAAUUCCCUGCUGACACAAAUUAUCUUUACAUGACUUACAAUGGUACAAGUGAUGAUGUUGAAUUCAAUGACAAGGGUAUCAUGGUACUUGGGUCUGGUGUCUACCGUAUUGGAUCUAGUGUCGAGUUCGACUGGUGCGGAGUAUCUUGCAUCCAUUCGCUUCGUUCAUUGGGUCACCGUACCGUGAUGGUCAACUACAACCCUGAGACGGUGUCAACGGACUUUGACGAGUGUGACCGUUUGUAUUUUGAAGAACUCAGCUUUGAACGAGUUAUGGAUAUCUACGAACGGGAGAACGCCAGUGGAUGUGUUGUCAGUGUCGGUGGUCAACUUCCCCAAAACAUUGCUUUGAAGCUCUGGAACCGUGGAGUGAACGUCCUUGGUACCAGCCCUGUUGAUGUCGAUCGUGCCGAGGACCGUGAGAAAUUCUCUAGAAUUUUGGAUGACAUUGGCGUGGAUCAACCGGAAUGGAAGGAGCUCAACAGUGUUGACGAAGCCCUUGCUUUUGCGGAACGCGUCACCUAUCCCGUCCUUGUCCGUCCAUCCUACGUACUUUCUGGUGCUGCCAUGAAUGUGGCGCACAGUCCUGCCGAUCUUCAAACUUACUUGUCGCUUGCCACGGACGUGUCUCCGGAGCACCCCAUCGUGAUUACAAAGUUUAUCGAAGGUGCUCAGGAGCUCGAUGUUGACGCAGUGGCUUCCGAGGGGAAGCUUUUGGUGUAUGCCUUGUCUCAGCACAUUGAGAAUGCAGGUGUCCACUCUGGUGAUGCAACCUUGGUCUUGCCUCCCACGUAUGAGGGAGAGCAGGCCGAGACCGAUGCUUCGAAGAAGGAUAUUGGUCUUCGUGGUCUUACUCCCGAAAUUGUCGCGGAUUGCAAGGUCAUUGCCGAAAAGGUUGCCAAGGCAUUCAAGAUUACCGGUCCUUACAACAUGCAGAUUAUCCUUCGUCGUCCUCCACCUGGUGUGGAGGGCAAGCACGAGCUCAAGGUCAUCGAAUGUAACCUUCGUGCGUCCCGAUCUUUCCCUUUCGUUUCCAAGGUUCUGGACACCAACUUCAUUGACAUUGCUACCCGCGCAUUGGUCAAGUCUCCCACUUUGUCGUCCGCUGUCCCCUCGGUCGAUCCCAUGUCAGUUAAGCGCGAUUACAAGGCUGUCAAGGUUCCCAUUUUCAGUUGGACUCGGUUGGCUGGCGCCGACCCCAUGCUGGGUGUUGAGAUGGCCAGUACUGGUGAAGUUGCUUGCUUUGGAAAGAACGUGAAAGAGGCAUACUUCACUUCCAUGUAUGCGAACCACAACAACUUCAAGAAGCUUCCUAUGCCGGAAGGAAGUAGUAUUGUCAUUAGCGUCGACAACUUGACCAACCCAAGUGAAGCCGCUUAUAUUGCGCAAAAGUUUAUCAACUCUGGUUACAAAAUCCUUGCCGACACGGAGCUGACCCAGUCUGUCCUCAAAUCCAACGGUGGCAUCGAUGCUCCUCUCUUUGUCGAAGGCGGAGAACGCGCUCUGAUUGACACCCUUUUGGAUCGUCGUAUUGCUCGUGCGCUCUACGAUUCCCACAAGGUUUCUCUUGUCGUUUCCCUGGCUCGUAAUCGUCCCAGGACCACCGACGAUGUUCGUUAUCAGGUCAGGCGCACGGCUGUCGAUUUCGGAGUAGGAAUCAUGAAUGAGAUCAAGACAUCUGUUGUGUUUGCUGAAGCUGUGGAAGAGUACACAAAGAAUGGAAAGGUGAAGAAGGAUGCAGUCAAGUCUUGGGGCGCUUGGACUGGUGAGGCUGCUGCUGCCGUUUGAACCUUUUAUUGAUAAGAGUUUAUGGGAAUCGUUAGGAUAUUGUACACUCAAUUACAUGUAGUAGCAAUAUUUCUGAUAAUACAAAACUGUUGUCUUGAUUAUUGGCUGCA